AUGAAUUUGCCUCCUCGUAUAUUACAGAGCCCCAACAGAGUUCGCAUAACUCACGUUCUUGUCGAAUUGGAUAAUGUUAGCGCUACACUUGAAUCUGUGCAACAAGCAUAUCGUUAUUACAAAGAUUUAGAAACAAAAACUUCCCAGGAAAUCAAAGAAAUCAAGCAAAAAGGGGCUGUAACCUUCGAAAUUUUAGAUAAAAAGGCAAAUAACCUGAUGGAGGAAAAUGUGCAGCUCAAGAAAAAGGAUUCUUCAUUACCUGAACUCGAAGUGCUUAAUUCUAUGUAUAAAACGAUUUAUGCUUAUUAUAAAAAUAAUAAACCGAGAAGUGAUGAUACAAUAAAAGAUCUUAUUGAAUUGGGAAUAAUUCAACACAAAAGUGAAUUGCCGAAUCUUAAUACAAACAUAUCUAAACUUUUAUCUAAGCAUAAGUUGCUAUGUAGUAAUCCAAAAGUUUUCGAAUUUGGUGGAUUUGUUGUUGAUGAUGGUUUAACAGUCAAAGAUCUAAGAAGGAGAAUUAAAUACUUAACAGAAAAGUCCAAACUUGAACAAGACCAUGCUAUAAAUAUAAAAUCUUCGCUUUUUGAAAAUGUUUCCAAUAUUCGAAAAAUUAUGAGUAAUUCCAGUAUUCUUGUAUAA